CUUGCGUAGACCUCCUUUUUUUUUCUAUUUCUUUCCUCACCUUCACUGAUUUAGCCUUUUUUUCUCCUCAGUUUUAACCUGUUGUUGACAUGUUGCGGGUGGUAGUGGAAUCAGCUAAAGGUCUGCCUAAAAAGAGAGUUGGCAAUCCUGAUCCAGUUGUCUCUGUGAUUUUUAAAGAUGAGAAGAAGAAAACAAAAUCGAUUGACAGUGAGGUGAAUCCUGUGUGGAAUGAGGUGCUUGAGUUUGAUCUGAAAGGCACUGGGCUGGACCCUAGCUCCUUCAUAGACGUGAUUGUGAAAGACUACGAAACCAUUGGGAAAGAUAAAUUCCUGGGGUCAGCCAAAAUCUCUUUGAAAGACCUUUCCUCUGGCCAAGUGAGAUCACUUCCAUCCAGAAAUGUCCCUUUGGUCAAUGAAAGUGGACAGAAUAUUGGAGCUACAAUCAACCUUGUGAUUGGCUAUGAUCCUCCAGCCAAUGCUGCACCAAAUCCCAAUGACCCUCAAGCAGGGGAUGCCACAACGGAUGCUACUGGUGGUGGUGGUGGUGAGGAGGGCGAUGAGACUCUGCCAGACGGGGGCCAAAGUGGCUCUGCAGGCGUCCCCUCAUCCGCUGGUCAGGCCGCUAACCUCCGCCGGCGGCUGGCCAGGGGACAAAAUCGCCAUCGACUAGUCAACAAACCUCAGGACUUCCAGAUUCGUGUCCGGAUCAUUGAGGCCCGUCAGUUGUCUGGCAACAACAUCAAACCAGUGGUGAAGGUUAAUGUGUGUGGACAGACCCACAGGACGAGGAUCAAGAGGGGAAACAACCCCUUCUUUGAUGAGAUGUUCUUCUACAAUGUCCACAUGCUACCAUCGGAUCUGUUUGAGAAGCACAUCAGCUUCCGGGUGUAUAAUUCAUAUUCACUGAGGGCUGACAGUCUCAUGGGAGAGUUCAAGCUGGACGUUGGCUAUGUUUACGAUGAACCAGCCCACUGUGUCAUGAGGAAGUGGCUCCUGCUGAAUGACCCAGAUGACUCCAGCUCCGGCGCUAAAGGCUACCUCAAAGUCAGCCUCUUUGUAGUGGGGACUGGAGAUGAGCCUCCGGUUGAGAAGAGGGAGUCAAAUGACGAUCAAGAUGACAUAGAGAGUAAUCUGCUGCUGCCAGCUGGUGUGACUCUGCGAUGGGCCACCCUGUCACUGAAGGUGUUCAGGGCUGAGGACAUCCCCCAGAUGGAUGAUGCAUUCGUCCAGACCAUGAAAGAGAUUUUUGGAGGAAAUGAAAACAAGAAGAACCUGGUGGAUCCCUUCUUGGAGGCUCGCUUCGCUGGCAGAAAGCUGUGUACUCAGAUCAUUGAGAAGAACGCAAACCCAGAGUGGAACCAAGCACUGAAUCUCCAAGUAAAGUUCCCCUCUAUGUGUGAACGUGUCAAACUGACAGUCUUUGAUUGGGAUCGUUUGACAGGAAAUGAUGCUAUUGGCACCACAUACCUGAACCUGGCCAAGAUAGCCUCCUCUGGUGGAGAGAUAGAAGAGGAACAUGCGGGAAAUGGGGAAAUGGCGUCAUUUGAAGUUAACACAGGGCAGGCUGAAGUGGGUUUCCUGCCUGUCUUUGGGCCCUGCUAUGUCAACCUGUACGGCAGCCCCAGAGAGUUCACCGGCCUUCCAGACCCCUACGAGGAUCUAAACUAUGGCAAGGGAGAAGGAGUGGCGUACAGGGGCAGGGUCCUGGUCGAGCUGUCCACUAAGCUAGAGGGGAAAGCAGACAAAACGGUGGACAGUAUCCACAGCGAUGACAUCCUGGUGGUGCAGAAGUACCAGAGGAGGAGGAAGUACUGUCUGUGUGCAGUCUUCCAUAGCGCCACCAUGAUUCAGGAACCAGGAGAGCCAAUCCAGUUUGAGGUCAGCAUCGGUAACUAUGGCAACAAAUUGGACACCACCUGCAAACCGCUGGCCUCCACCACUCAGUAUAGCUGUGCUGUGUUUGAUGGUAACCACUAUUAUUACCUGCCCUGGGUGGACACUAAGCCCGUGGUUGUGGUUAUCUCAUUCUGGGAGGACAUCAGCCACCGCCUGGACACUGUCAACAUCAUCCUCUACAUUACUCACCGCCUGCAAUCCAACCUAGAGGCAUUUAAAACUGCCAUCUUGGCAAAAGUCUCUGACAACCAACUAGUAGAGGUGUGGCUGAAGUUGCUCAAUCAGCUGAUUGAAGACAUAGAAAGUUUCCCAACACCUGAGCUGGAGGGCCGCUCCAACCUGACAUCUCUGGAUGUCCAAAUCAAGAAGCUGCGAGACAGCACUUUGAUGACCAUCAUGAACGGAGCCAGACGCAUGAGAGAGGAGGCCACAGAAAUCUGUGACACUCUGUCUGACAUCGAGUCCUGGGCAGAAAAACUGAAAGUGAUGGCUGAGGAGCCGCAGAACAGCAUGCCUGACGUGAUCAUUUGGAUGCUGCGUGGUGAGAAGAGGGUGGCCUAUAGUCGCAUCCCUGCUCACCAAAUCCUCUACUCCACAUACAGCGAGCAGGCCUGUGGACAACACUGUGGCAAGACACAGACUGUCUUUUUACAGUACCCCAUGGACAAGAACAAGGGCCUGAAGGUGCCAGUUCAGAUUAGAGUCAACAUGUGGCUGGGUCUGUCUGCACAUGAAAAGAAGUUCAACUCCUUCUCCGAGGGAACCUUCAGUGUGUUUGCUGAGCUGUAUGAGAACCAGGCGCAGGUGUUUGGGAAAUGGGGAACCACGGGCCUGGUGGGCCGCCACAAGUUCUCAGAUGUAACAGGCAAACUGAAGCUGAAACAGGAGUACUUCAUGCCCCCGAGAGGAUGGGAAUGGGAGGACGACUGGUUCAUUGACCCAGAGAAAGCCCUGUUAACAGAGGCGGACGCCGGACACACCGAAUUCAUGGAUGAGGUGUUUCAAAAUGAGACUCGCUUCCCCGGUGGAGAGUGGAAGGCUGCCUCUGAGCCCUUCACUGAUGUGAAUGGAGAGAAGAGCCGUAACCCUGGAGAGUUUGAUUGUCCUCCAGGUUGGAUGUGGGAGGACGAGUGGACUGUGGAUGACAACAGAGCCGUGGAUGAUCAAGGCUGGGAGUAUGGAGUGACCAUUCCCCCGGAUGACAAGCCUCGGUCCUGGGUCCCUGCAGAGAAGGUGUACCACGUCCACCGCAGGAGAAGGCUGGUUCGACCUCGUAAGAGAGCUGCAGGAGCUGCUGGGGCUGCUGUGGAGAGGCGGGACAAAGGUGACCCUGAGGGCUGGGAAUUCUCUUCCCUGAUUGGCUGGAAGUUUCACAGGAAGGAGCGUUCAUCGGACACAUUCCGUCGAAGGCGCUGGAGGCGGAAGAUGGCACCAGAGGACCGGCUUGGAGCAUCUGCCAUCUUCCAACUUGAGGGGGCACUGGGUGUUGAUACUGAGGUGAAAGAGAAAGGCUCCAAAGCUGAUGCCACCAAGCUGUUUGGUGCCAAUACGCCCACUGUGUCCUGUUCCUUUGACAGGUCACAUACAUACCAUCUCCGUGUCUACGUCUAUCAGGCUCGUAACUUGGCAUCUAUGGACAAAGACAGCUUUUCUGAUCCGUAUGCACACAUUUCCUUCCUGCACCUUAGUAAGACAACAGAGAAGCUGCGAGCAACGCUGAACCCGACCUGGGACCAAACUCUGAUUUUCAAUGAUGUGGAGAUUUAUGGAGACCCCCAGAGCGUUCAUCACCGCCCCCCUGAUGUUGUACUGGAGUUCUACGACAAUGACCAAGUGGGGAAGGACGAGCUGCUGGGCCGCAGUGUCUGCACACCAGUGGUGAAGUUGAACCCAGGCAUGGAUCAGACACCCAAACUGCUGUGGCACCCCAUCAUCCAGAAGGGUCACAAGGCAGGGGAGGCACUGGUGGCUGCUGAACUCAUCCUCAAAGACAAGUCGGGCGACGCAGAUCUUCCCCUGGUUCCCCCAAAGAGAGCAGAGAACCUCUACAUGGUUCCUCAGGGCAUCCGGCCUGUGGUGCAGCUCACUGCUGUGGAGAUUCUAGCAUGGGGCCUGAGGAACAUGAAGCCGUACCAGCUGGCAUCAGUGUCUUCACCCAGCCUGGUGGUGGAGUGUGGGGGACAGAGGGUGGAGUCAGCGGUCAUCAAGAACCUGAAAAAGAGCCCAAACUUCCCCAGCUCUGUCCUCUUCAUCAAAGUGCUCCUUCCAAAGGAUGAGAUGUACACACCACCCAUUGUGCUGAAGGUGAUUGACCACCGCCCGUUUGGCAGGAAGCCUGUGGUGGGUCAGUGCACCAUCACGACUCUGGAGGAGUUCAGGUGUGACCCGUACGUCAUCACUGCGGAGGGAGCCAUGUCCUCCAAAAUGGCUCUGAUGAUGGCCUCUCCCUCCAAACAUGUCUCCAUUAACAUGGAAGAAACAAGACCACUGUUAGAGGCUCAGUUCAUGUACAGUAUGUCAGCUGCUGUCAACAAAAUGGCUUCCCCUACCUCCUACUUUCACGAAGAGAAGGAAAAAGAGACAGUUGAUUGGUGGAGUAAAUUCUACGCUUCAGUUGGAGACCACCAGAAAUGUGGCCCUUACCUCAAAAAAGGAUAUGACACCCUCAAAGUGUAUGACUGCAACCUGGAGGACGUCCUAGAAUUCAAAGGACUGACCGAUUUCUGCAGCACGUUCAAACUGCAGCGAGGCAAGAAUGAAAAUGGCGAUGACGACCCCACUGUGGUUGGAGAGUUUAAGGGUUCAUUCAAGGUGUACCCUCUGCCAGACGACCCAGGCGUUGUUCCUCCUCCACGUCAGUUCAGAGAGCUGCCAGACAGCGGACCUCAGGAGUGUCUGGUCAGGAUUUAUGUGGUCCGGGCCAUAGACCUGCAGCCCAAAGACAACAAUGGCAGAUGUGAUCCGUACAUAAAGAUAUCGCUGGGAAAGAACACCAUUGAAGACAGAGACCAUUACUUACCCAACACCACCAGCCCUGUGUUUGGAAGGAUGUUUGAGAUGACGUGUUUCCUGCCCCAGGACAAGGACCUGAAAAUCUCUGUCUAUGAUUAUGAUCUCCUGAGCCGUGAUGAGAAGGUCGGCGAGACCGUCAUUGACCUGGAGAACCGCUUCCUGUCCCGAUACAACUCCUACUGUGGCCUACCACAAACCUACUGCAUUUCUGGUAUCAACCAGUGGCGGGACCAGCUGAAGCCCUCUCAAAUUCUUGAGACCCUGGCUCGUCUGAAGGGCUUGUCCAAACCCAGGACUGAAGACAAUGGCACAUCACUCACUUUCAAUGGCAAAGAGUACACGCUGGCUGAGUUCGAGAACAACAAGGAAAUUCAUCAGCACUUGGGUCCGGCCCGAGAACGACUCUGUCUGCACGUGCUCAGAAAACAGGGACUUGUCCCUGAACAUGUGGAGACCAGGACCCUUUACAGCUCCUUCCAGCCUACUCUCUCUCAGGGAAGCCUUCAAAUGUGGGUGGAUGUUUUCCCCAAAACCAUUGGCCUCCCUGGUCCUCCCUUUGACAUCACACCACGCAAGCCAAAGAAGUAUUUCCUGCGUGCUGUCAUCUGGAACACGACGGAUGUGACUUUGGAUGAGACCAGCAUCACAGGAGAACACAUGAGUGACAUCUACGUCAAAGGCUGGAUGCCGGGGAUGGAGGAGGACAAGCAGAAGACUGAUGUCCACUACAGGUCUCUGGACGGAGAUGGCAACUUCAACUGGAGGUUCGUCUUCGGGUUCGACUUCCUGCCUGCUGAACAGCUCUGCCUCGUGUCCAAGAAGGAGCACUUUUGGAGUCUUGACAAAACCGAGUUCAGGAUUCCCCCUAAGCUGAUUGUUCAGAUAUGGGAUAACGACAAAUUCUCAUUGGACGAUUACCUCGGCACACUGGAGCUGGAUUUGCGUAACCUGGUUCCCCCUGCAAAGACCCCCGAGAAGUGUUCUCUGAAGAUGAAGGAUGUUCUGGAAAUGGGAGUGCCACACAAGACGGAGCAUGCCAAGUCUCUGUUUGCUCAGCAGUCAGUCAGAGGCUGGUGGCCCUGCUCUAUUGAACAGGAUGGAAAGAAGGUCCUGGGUGGUAAAGUGGAGAUGACUCUGGAGAUUGUGAGUGAGGCCCAUGCAGAUGAGAGACCUGCAGGAAAAGGCAGGGACGAACCCAACAUGAAUCCGAAACUGGACCCUCCCAAACGCCCAGAAACAUCCUUCUUUUGGUUCACCAACCCAUGUAAGACCAUGAAGUUCAUCGUAUGGAGAAGGUUCAGGUGCCUCUUCAUCGGACUCAUCAUCCUCAUCAUAGUGGUUCUCUUCCUCGCCAUCCUGCUGUACUCUCUACCGAACUACAUCUCAAUGAAGAUAGUGAAACCACUACAAUAACUCUACAAUGGAGGAGGAGAAGUAAAGGAGCUGAAAAGGACUAUUCAACAUGUGGACAGGAUCACACUGCCUGGGUAUAAAUACUGCCAAACCCUCUCAAUAUCUUCUGUUACUGCCUGUAGUAUUUUAUAGAGGUCUAUGCUGCGACAGACUUGUUUCAAAACCACUGCUUUUAUCACACACACACACACACACACACACAAACUGAGUGAUGAAUAAAUACAACCCCCUGUACAUUUUAAUGCCAUCCAACACAACAGUCCUGUAAUCAGCUCUUAUCAUUUUUGUUUGCUGGUGAUGGUGUGUGCAAGAGGAGGGAAUUUUAUUUCAUGUAUUUUGGGGUUAUGUUGUAUUGGAUUGCACAUUAUUGUAAGAUGUUUCUUGUAUUUGUUCUACUGUAUGUAAGAUGAGGUGAUGAGUUUCACUGAGGUAGUAUUUAAUACAGGACUGCGGUGCUUUAUUGCAUUACACUGUGCAGCUGUUUCUAUUUUUCUGGUCACUCAAAGUAAUCCUGCCAAAAACGACUUACAGAAGAGGAAAGAAAGAGUCGAGUGUGUCUUUUGUAUAUUACAUUUUCACAGAUAUUUUAAAUUAAAUACGUUAAAUCAUUCAA